ACUACAAAAGGGUAAUAGAGGGUAGCGAGGGAAACUCUGGUGCAAUCAUUGCAAUCAUUUCUUUGCAAAGAUUAUUCCCCAAAGUUACGCAGAUUUUUCCCGUUUAUUCUUCGCCCAAGGAAGGAGUUCUACACCCACUCAUUAUUCCUUGCCGAGAAUCGUUAAUUCUGAAUGAAAACAUAGUGAAUGGAAACAUGAAAUUUACGCCGGGCAAAAAGUUGUAAUUCCACGUUAUGCAUCAACAGCGGUCAGACCAAGGAAGUUGUCAUCGGAUCAAUAAUGAAGUGGAAUUACUUGGACUCUUGGUGGGAUGCCUCAACUUCAACCUCUUAAGUUAUCGUGUGAUGAUAUUUCAAGUUCAAAACAAAAAGAAUUCCUUGAUACAGCCCAAUCGAGAGUCGUUGCUACCAUAGUUGUCACGGCGGCUAGGCGAGGCUAGGCAUUAGUGUACCUUCCAGACGCCUAGGCGAAUAGGCGCCCGCCUAGGCGUCCCCUAGGCGAGUGGGUUACGGCGACCUUAAUAAUUUUAUAUGUAGUAAUGUAAAAACAUAUAGUAUGGAAUAAGUAAUUAAAGAGUACAUAGAUACCAACAUUAUGAAAUAUAUGAAUAAAUAUUGUUUGAAAAAAUAAAUUUAAAAAGAUACUAAAAAAAGUUAAGUACCAGAAGAAGAGGAGAGAGUAAAAAAAGGAUAAAAACUUUUCUGGAAAAGUACUCUCUGCCGAGAAGUACUCAAACAAAUAAGUGCCAAAAAAUAUAUAAAAACUGAAUCUAAAGCUAUGCUUAUGUAUCGGAACCAGAAACAGAAACAAUUGAAUCAGAGAAUCGGAAAAGAAGAUGCCUUGAUGCGUCGUUCGUUGGAGAUAGAUGAGGAAACUCAGCCGCGACGUUGAUGCAGAGAAUCGGAAAAGAAAAUGCGAGAGAGAGAGGGUUAUCGAAACUGGAGCAGUAGACUCGAAGGGUUGUUGACCGGCUAGGUUUUAUUUCAAUAUCGCAAGUGGGCUUUUAAUUUUUUUUUUAAAAAAAAUAACGCUGGGCGUCGCCCACUCGCCUAAUCGCAGCUUCCAGACGCCAAAAGGACGCCAAGAUCGCCCAGGUAAAAAAAAGCUAGGCGUGAGAUUAGGCGUCCAUAUCACCUCGCCCAUACGCUUGGGCGACGCCUUGAUAAGUAUGGUUGCUACCAGGUAUUCAGGUAUUUCUGACAUUUCUAAGAAUUCUACACGCACUGUUUUUAGAUAUAUUUCAUUCUAUGCUUUUUGCAUUAAAUAGUUUGUCAUAUGCAGUAUGUUAUGUAGAGAUUACAUAUAUGUGAACUAAUAUAUGAUUAUUAUUAAAAAAGAUGGAUCUUAUGUAGUGUAUGGAACUAUUGUUGUAGUGAAGUGAACAAUAACACUGAUUAGUGGUAUUUAUCAUGCAAGUGCAGAAGAGCUAUUGAACCCGAUGGUGCCAUGUAUUAUUGCAUGCAUUGCUCAUGUCAUAUAUUGAAUCUCAGCCAAGGUUCAAGUAUAGUCUCUGCUCCAAAAUCUGUAUUUACUCUCCUUAGUAUAGCUUCCCUUGGUAUGUAUUGAAUUUUUUUUGGCAGGCAUCUCAUCAAGCUCUCUGUUAAAGAUGAUUAUGUGGUACAACUAUGUUAUUCUUAACUUACGGUAUGGCAUCCUCCAUUUUGCUUACAUUGUGUGCCCUGUUGAUAGAGAAAACCGAUGUUGCAAUUGUUAGUUAUGUAACAAUGCAGUUUCAACUUUGUACCGUGUUUUUCACUUUCUCUUUAGGCACAAGAACACAUUACUUUGGACGGACUAUUCUUCAUGGUGGAGCUAGGCAACUGGUAGGGGCUUUGUUGUUCGACACAUUGAGUUUUCUGAGAACUAUAGGCUCUAUUUCCGCAGUCGUUUUGCCAAGGGCUGGUUCUUGGCUAUUUCUUGGCUAUUUGCACCAUAUUUGUUUAAUCCAUCUGGCUUUGAGUGGCAAAAGAAGGUGGAGGACUUCAGAGACUAGAGAAACUGGCUUCUGUAUAGAGGUGGAAUUGGAGUUAAAGGAGAAGAAAGUUGGGAGUCUUGAUGGGAUGAGGAGCUGGAUCAUAUUCGAACAUUAGGGGGAGGCUGAUGGAGACCAUUCUUAGUUUAAGACCUUACCAUUUUCAUUGGCAGUCAGAUAAUCAUAAUGCUUUGACCGUUGCAAGCUUCUGGGCUCCUGUUUUUUUAAUCUACCUCCUAGAUACUCAUCUAUUUUACACUAUUAUAUCUUCUAUCUGUGGUUUCCUAUUGGGGCAAAGGAACGUCUUGGAGAGAUUCGAUCUUUGGAUGCUGUUCAAAAACUUUUUGAGAGAUUUCUUGCUGCUUUUAUGGAUACCCUUCAUGUUUCCCUUGGCAUUAGAGAUAUUUCUUGCUAAAGAUACUUCUAUUGAGGGUAAAGAGUCCAGACUUUUGCAAGAGGAGCUAUGGGACAGAAUUUUAAGGGACGAUUACAUGAAAUAUGCUGUUCAAGAGUGUUAUUAUACCCUCAAGUUAGUCCUCACAUCUGUGUUGGAUACUGAGGGUAAGAAGUGGGUUGAGAGAAUAUAUGACGAGAUUCAGAGAAGCAUAGCUAAUAGGAGCAUCCUUGUUGAUAUUGAAUUAAAUAAGCUACCACUAAGGAUUCAGAAAGUUUUUGCAUUGUUGGGAAUACUGGACAAGAGCAGGGCCGCCACCUCCGGGAAAUCAAAGUCCAAAUCCCAGGUGCCUACGUCAUCAUCCGAGGAGCGUCUCUACUACAGUGACGGGUCAUACCUUUGGUUUGAUUCCGAGGAGGAGCGCACCCGUUUCCUCACCUUCUUCUCUAAACGGGUUGUGGCUCCCCAACGGAUCAUCCCGGAGCGCUACCCGGAGCUGCAGGGCUACGACGACCUUGACGCACAGCUUCAUCAAGCCGGCCUUUGGCCGUUCGUCUCCCGGGCGCGCAAGGAGAUCAACCCGGCACUGAUCCGGGCCUUCUACUCCAACCUCCGGCGUGAGGACGGCGUGCUCUACUCGCUUGUCAAGAGCACGCCGAUUGAGCUCACCGUGGAGCAGCUUGGGCGCAUCGCCGGCCUCCCCUUCCAAGGCGACAAUGUGUCUCACUAUGGCGGAGAGGACUGGGUGCUCAACAACGAGGGCCUUAUCCUCAACGAGCUUGGCAUCACCGAGCUCAUCCGCCAUGCCUCGGGCCGCCCCACCAUCCACUCCGCUAACCCCGAUGGCCGUCUUCUUCUCUACAUCGUCUCCCGGAUCAUCAAACCCAGGAAGCACGGCCACACCAUCAUGUCCGCCUUGAAGGCCCAAGUUGAAUACUUAGCCAAAGAAGUGGCUAAACUUACCAAAAUAAAACUGAAUGCACUACAAGGAAUUGAUCAUGACGAUGAUGCUAGCACCAGUGGAAUCAACAAAACUAGGGCUCCCAUCCAUGAAGGUUCUGAUUUCAAGGUGGACAUUCCGACCUUUGAAGGAAAGAAUGACCCGGACGAGUCCCUAGAAUGGCUAGAAACAGUGGAACGUGUCUUCGAUUUCAAAUACGUUUCCGACGAGAAGAAGGUCAAGAUAGUGGCCUUGAAGUUCUGCAAGUAUGCAUCCACUUGGUGGACCAAUACUUGCACCAAAAGAAGAAGAGACGAAUUGAAGGCUCAAGUUGAAUACUUGGCAAAAGAAGUGGCAAAGCUCACUAAAUUCAAGUUGAGUAUGGUUCAAACUCCCGAAGAAAGUGAAGAUGAAGAUGAUGCUAGUUCUGUUGCUACCAUAAGAGCUAGAAAUCCAGAGAAGUCAACCUCUGAUUUCAAGGUUGACAUGCCCACUUUCGAAGGAAAGAAUGAUCCUGAUGACUUUCUUGAAUGGUUAGAGACCGUUGAACGUGUAUUUGACUUCAAGAAUGUUUCCGAAGAGAAGAAGGUCAAACUCGUGGCUUUAAAGUUCAGAAAGUAUGCGUCAACAUGGUGGACCAAUGUCACCAUUAGGCGUAGAAGAGAAAACAAGUCCCCGGUGACCUCGUGGAACAAGAUGCGAGCACUCUUGAAGAAGAAGUUUCUGCCCGAGAACCACAUACGAGAAAACUUUUCUAAGCUUCAACACUUGAGCCUCAUGCCCCGUUUCCUUUACUCCCUGCUCCCGGAUGUGGUCGAGUAUUUCCUCAACCUGCCACUACUGAGUGAGAAGGAGCGUCUCUAUGCUCCUCAAAUGAGAGUCCACAGAAUCCUGGAAUGCGAACAUAGCCUGAGAAAGCUCGCGAAGAGACAUGGGAAUGUUAUGCUACCGUCUUGGACGUGCCUCCUUAUCUUCCUUAUUAUAGGCAAUUUGGGCCAAAAACCCUGUUGGUGGUUGGAACAUGCUCGCAGCUUCUGGAAGGACAUCGGGAACUGCCAUACGUAGUCCUCAAGCUAGGAGUGUAACCAUUGGUCCACACAAGACAAACUGGCGGUCGCAAGUAGACUGAGCAAACAAGAAUCGAGCCACAAAGGUUGCUAAAUUGACUGCGUGUUGUCUACGCCGAGUCGCCGACCGUUCCCAUCUCUCUAGAACGAAGUCGCAGGUGGAAUGAAGAGGGUAUUGCGGUAGGAAGAUGGUGCUAAACUUCAACCCUUCAUUCAACCAACAUAUUGCGGUGUGAAGACGGUGCUAAACUCGAAAACAUCGUCGGGCGUUCCUCUGUAAUACCCAUGAAUCUUGGUAUUCCUCGAUACUUUGAUGCAGGUAUAAUUAAUUUUACUUGUUCCCCAUUUUAUUUCAAUGUAUAAGAAAAGCACAUUUGCCAAGAUUAUAUAUGAGUUUUUAGUUGCUCUUAAGGUCUAUAUAGUCUGUAUAUUUUUUACAUUACAAUUAAUUUAUUUAAAACUUAUUUCACUCAAAACAAAAUUUUUAUUAGGAUUUGCACGGAACUCAUUAGACUGAAUAGAAUCAUCAAUUGCAAAUAUUCAACUAUUUUUGCUUCAAUAAUUCCUCUUUAUUUUGGGCUCAAAAAACUAAUGAGAUCUUUAGUUCAAAUCAAUCUUAUAACAUGUAUUUUCUAUUUCAAGACUUUUAACACUAAAGAUAAUUUUUCUAACUUUUUUAUUAUAUGGGGGAGUUUUAAAACAUUCACAAAUUUUAAAAUUACGCAUACAAACAACAAUUUAGAAAGUGAACAAAACAAACAUUUCAAACCUUGUCAUUACUCAAUGUUAUCAAUGCUUUUGAAUAAUUUUUGCUCAUAAUUAGAAAAGUGUAUAAAUAUAAUAUGAACUAUUGAAGAUGGCCUAAAUUUGAUGUCUCUUACAAAAAAUAGCAAUAAAUGGAAAGUGCAAGGACAGAAAAUCUGUUCUUAAGAAAGAAAAAUAAACAAAGGGAAGCCUUGAGGAUUCUUGAGAGAUGAAGGGGGAAGAGGUGGAGUACUCUGCUUGGAAAGAUGUCUGAAAUUUAUAGAUCGAUCUUUUGUAAUGCAUUGGUAAAUGUAAAGAUAUUUUGAAAAGCAUUCUUCUAAAUAUUGACAGCUGUGAAUAAUGCUUUUUUUCUCUU